AUGAGUCAGAGCUCUAAUAACGUCGUUCCAAUCCCUCCAGCUGUUGAGUGGUCUGCCUCAUCGACUACCGUGACCCCCACAUUUACCCCAAUAUCUCGCACCCCGCAGACAGGGACGAGCAAGCGCAAGAGAGACCAACCUGUCUCUCCACUUGAUGAUACCGUCGACGCUUUGGAUCUGACGGAACUGGACGCGAUUGACAGGGUUAUUUCCAGGCAACAAGAGGAUGCUAUUAAAGCGCAACAGGGCCGUUCUACCCUGUUCUCAUACACAUGUCCAGUAUGCAUGGACAUUUGUGAGAAUAUUACUGCCACGACUUGCGGACACUUGUUUUGUCACAGCUGUAUUAUGCAAUGCCUAGAACGACUCCCUACCCCGCCAGUUGAUAAAAAUAAACAUCGUGGUUCUUGCCCGGUGUGUCGCAAGACCUUUACUCGCAAUGACAUAAGUGGACCUAAGCGCUCACUGAUCCCUAUUCUGUUUAAAACGAAGCCCAAGCCGAAGCCGAACAUUUGA